ACUAACAUUGAAGGAACUGUUAUCUGUGUUCAAAUCAAGAUGGCAUAUGAUCCCAUCUCUAAUUCCCUGUGUUAAAAACAGUGCUAAUUCCCUGUGUUAAAUUUUUGAUUUAUCAACACCAUCCACUUCUGGGGGAGAUAAGAGUUAUCUGGUUAUGACCAUAAUCAUUGCUCGUUUUUAUACAAGUCUUGGUUAUUUUUCGUUUCAGCGCCAGGCAGCAUUUGACAUGCAUGAAGCUAUUGGACUCAAUGGAUUAUUGUCGCAUUUAGAUGAAGAACAGAGCGUGCAGGAGGUUCCAACUGGCAUGUCCUCCUUUUUAUUUGAUGUUGGAGCUAAUGAGGUUCCACUCCUAACCCCUGGCAGCAAAGCAGUCAUGAGCCAGGCCCUGAAGGAAAGCUUUAGUGGCUUUGUUAAAGAAAGACGUCGUCUCAGCAUCCCAAAAGACCCUCAUGUUUGGACUGAGCAACAUGUCAAUCAGUGGCUCCACUGGGCUGUGAAUGAAUUCAGUCUAGAGAAUGUCAAUUUCCAAAAGUUCUACAUGACCGGUCGGGCCCUCUGUGAUCUUGGGAAGGAACGUUUUCUGGAGCUAGCACCUGAUUUCAUUGGAGACAUUCUUUGGGAGCACUUGGAGCAACUAAUGAAAGAUUGCCAGGAAGCACCACAACUGAACUAUUUUGGAACCUCCUCUCUCAUCAAUACAAGUUCUCGCUGGGUGGAUAAUAACAGUUUCCUAGCGUUCUGCUCCAAUCAGACCCAAUGUGGAGGUCAACUUUCUGAUCUUACUGGAAGUUUCCUGUCAGAAGUUUGUCAGAUCUCAUCGGAUUCAAACAAUCAAGAUUUUCUCAAUUUGAACCAAAGCUUCCCGAAUCUUUCUAACCCACACCUGGAUAAGGUGGAUAUGACCUACUACCCCGUGCAGCAAAAGCAAGUGAACAGUCUGCAAGUUGGCAUAAUCGAUCAUGUUGAAAGCAGGAAGCCAGGAUCUCUUGAAAGCAUGGAUAGUUUUGACAGUACAGGGGCGAUGCUGAAAUCCUGGAACAGUCAGUCAUCUUUGUGUGACAUGCAACGUGUACCCUCUCAGGAUAGCUUUGAAGAUGAAUAUAGCCAGCCUCUGUGUCCAAACAAACCAAAUAUCUCCUUCAAAGAUUACAUCCAAGAGAGAAAAGAGCCAUUGGAGCAAGGAAAACCGGUCAUUCCAGCGGCAGUGUUGGCCGGAUUCACUGGAAGUGGACCCAUUCAACUUUGGCAGUUCCUUUUGGAGUUACUGACAGAUAAAUCCUGUCAGACGUUUAUCAGCUGGACCGGCGACGGAUGGGAGUUUAAACUAACUGACCCUGAUGAAGUUGCUCGGCGAUGGGGCAAGCGCAAGAACAAACCCAAAAUGAACUAUGAGAAAUUGAGCAGGGGGUUGCGCUAUUACUAUGACAAGAACAUCAUCCAUAAGACCUGUGGCAAAAGAUAUGUCUACCGUUUCGUCUGCGACCUUCACAACCUGCUGGGAUACACAGCAGAGGAACUUCACGCUAUGCUCGGAGUCCAGCCAGACACUGAGGAUUGAUGUGUUUGCUGUCCCUUUAUAUACACUUUAUUUUAUUCUGUAAUUACCUAACAGUGAGAAUGGGAAUGGCAGUGGCCAAAUGAUUUCACUAUGGACCGGUCUAAUGUGGUGGGCGACAUGUGGGUUCUGCAGUGAGGGGCAGUUAGGAGGCAUCUUCCUUUGAUUUUGUUUUGCCAAAGGUGACAACUGGCAAUGGAACCCCUUCUAAUAUAGUUACUGCUUACCUGGUGGAGGCGUGAAGUAUUGAUCCAUUACAUCAAUUCAGUGCAUCAAUGCAUUUUUCCUUCUGAUUGCAAGUUGCUGAAUGUUAAAAAAGAGCUUUUCUUUCUUCUUUUUGUUGAAAAUAUUGAGAACUUCUACAAGCUAUCUAGUGCCAGCAACAAAUUGUUUAACAAUAACAUGAGUGCCGUUGUGCUAUUGUAGUUUCAGACCAAAGGUGUUUCCAUAAAGUGGGAGUGUUUUAUUUGCAAUUCAGGGUCAUUCCCCCAAGCCCAACACUUGUCUAUUGUUCUAUGAUACCUUUCAUCUCAAAUUAGUUAAUAUUUGUCUGCCACAUGAAACAGUUUGGUUUGCUGAGAAUUGGGCUACAAAUGUUGAUACAAGUUCACAUCAGCCCCAACAUAGUCACGUCCUUCAAAAUAGUGGAUUGCAUCCUACACUGGAGUUGUUCACAUCUUUGUAUAUUUCUUUGAUAAAUGUAAAAUGUUACUCCGAGACCAAAGGCCAAUGUCUUCUGAUCAAAACAUGGAAAUGUUGAACAGUUGCUAAGCAACUAUCAGGAAAUAGUUUAACAUGCAAAACAAUCAUUAAUCCCUCGCACUGGUAGUCACAUCUGUAGCCUGUAAAACCAAGAGUUCCCAUAUGUCGUUGCCUUUUGUGUUGACUGUUUCAAGAAUUAGUGCUGUCCUUUUAGUGAAGGCAUGAAACUGCUUGAUAGCAUUUAAAAGUCAGCGUUUAAACACUGCAAGGUAAUUUAACAGCUUUAUAAAUGACUCUGGCAGCUGUUUCCUAUCACACAGCUAUCAUUUUUUUUUGCUGCCAAGGUUAGGGGAUUAUAAAAGGCAUUAUAAGGCAUUAAGGCUGGAGUGGCUGAAGUGUGGGAGAGUUGUACAAAUACAGCGUUUUUUAGAAGGUAACUAAAAAUGCAGUCCUUUUACAGCAAUAUACUGGUGAAGGAUUCUAUCACUGGUCUUUUCUAAUUUACCAUGCAUUAAAAAGUUUCUGUAAAUAUGUGUAUAUAUUAUUUAUAUGGCUUACUUGUAGGGUUGCUUGCAGCAAAUAUUUUUGAUAGGCUGAAGUACCAAGAGCUAUCUUAAAGUAUUUCUGUUGGUUAAUCAAUGGAAAAUGUUUUGAAUUAACUUACAUGACUGGGUCAUGAAUUGAGACAACUUCCCAGAUGCUAGAAGCUCAUUUAAUGAAACUGCCCUUUCAUUAUGAUCAGUCUUUUUACUGUUAAUAAUUAUAAGGCAAGGAAGUUUGAAUCUUACCCUGCAAUGGUUCACCUCAGGUUUUCUAUGUCUGUGUGCCUCAGAUUGGAUAUGCAGAACUUAGACCAUCUAAGCAAAAGAAAAAUGUUAUUAGUUUAUUUUGGGUCAGGUACAAGGAGAUUAAUUUUAUAUAUAAAUUAUAAGAAACCUAGAAAAGGCAAGUGUUGCAGCUGGUUAUCUGCAUUGAAUUUGAGAAUUGUAUGAAACAAGCUGGGAAAAUAUUUUACAUAAUUUUGGAGGUUUUUCAAAUGAUGCAAAACGUGUAAUUUCCUGUACAGUGAUUAGAAUUUGUAAUAUUAAUUUUUUUGUAUAAACGGUUGUGGUUUCAAUAUAUUUUUGAAAUAAUAAAUCCAUUUUCUGAAACUUGA